AUGAUUUCCAGUGACAAGAUUUUUGGGAUCUUCUUCUUUUUUCAAAUUUGUAUUGGGCUCAUGGGGAAUUUCUUGUUAUUUAUUUUGUAUAUGUACAUCUUUUUAAUUCUCCCCCAUAAGAAGAAGCCCACAGAUGUGAUUCUUACCCACCUAACUUUCGCUAACACCCUGACGCUUGUAUGCAGAGGGGUUCCAAAUAUACUGUCAUCCUUUGGAAUUAGUCCUAAGAUGGGUGAUAUUGGAUGUAAAGCAGUGCUUUAUAUCCAGAGAGUUACUCGAAGUAUUUCUCUGUAUACAACCUCUCUCCAGAGUACCUUUCAGGCUGUGACAAUUACUCUGAGUAAUAGUAAGUGGGUUUGGCUCAAAGUAAAAAUUUCUACAUUUAUUCAACCCUCUUUACUUUUUUCCUGGAUCAUCAACAUGAUCAUUUAUUCUGAGAUCAUCUUAAGAAACGUGGCCAACAGGAAUAUCACUGAUGCUAGAUCUGGGUAUUAUGCUGCUUAUUGUAAAACUGAUGCACCUCAUCACCAAAUAGUAGCAACAUUUCUAAGUGCAAUAUUCACUCGAGAUUUGUUCCUUCUCUCUCUCAUGACAUGUAGUAGUAUCUACAUGGUGAAUAUUCUCUUCAGACAUCGCAAAACAGCUCAGCAUGUUCGCAGUAUCACCCAGUCUUCACAAGGCUCUCCUGAAAUUAAAGCUACCAACUUUAUUCUCAUGCUGGUGAGCUGCUUUGUUUUCUUUUACUGGAUCAACACCUUUCUCACUGUUUAUUUAUUUUCUGUGAGCGAGAACAGUUGGCAACUUGAGAGCUUUGGUAACUAUAUUGCAUCAUGUUACCCGAGCAUCUGUCCUUUCUUACUGAUUAAAAAUGAAAAUAGAAUUUCCAGAAUAAAUUACAUCAAAACAAGGAUCAGAAUUUUCUCUUUCUAA